AGCCUGCCCUGAUGAUGUCCAUAUUUCCCACCUGUUUAUAAUGAUUUUAUUUAUUUAGCAACAGGAAAGAGCGUAGCUAUGAAAACAAACAGCAUUUUUUUAAUCUUCUACGUAUCAAACAGAAACUUUUGGUCCCGCCCCGCGUGCUAAAAGCUCCAUUCUCCUCCCUCUCAGGGUUAAAGUCUGUCCCAACCAACAAUAGACUAAAGCGGAAUUCACACGGAGUCUUCCUCGCUCCAAAUCCAGGACUUGAAAGUAGAUUUUCACCUACAGUCGAUGGCGCAUCUGCUGAAAUGCAGCGUUUUUGUCCUCCUGCUCUUCUACCUCGCUCUCGUUUGUGUGAGGGGAGAGUGGAUUCUGGCUCCCCGGCCUCUUUAUGAGAACACGGAUUACACCGGUUAUGACUUUCUUGCCAAGAUUCGCUCUGAUAAAGAGAAUUUCACAAAGAUAAUAUAUGCCAUACAAGGUCCUGGUGUUGACCAGGACCCUACGGGUAUAUUUAGCAUUGAUAAAGACACUGGCUUUGUGAAAGUCCAUGCCAUACUGGACCGAGAAGAAAGGGCUCGUUAUUUAUUGAAAGGUGUGGCCUUCUUCGCCAAUAGGUCUCGGGCUGAAAGAGAUCUUGACCUGAAAUUUGAAGUUUUGGAUAUGAAUGACAAUACACCAAUCAUCCAAACACAGCAAGUCGGAAAUGUCAGUGAAGGCUGCAAAGCAGGCACUGUUGUCAUGAAAGUGAUCGCGACUGAUGCUGAUGAUCCAAACACUGAAAAUGCAAAAAUCUUUUACCGAAUCGAUGAGCGUAGCAAUAGAGCUGGGAUGUUCUACAUCGAUGCAAGCACCGGAGAGAUCAAAGUUAGCAGUAACAAUCUUGAUAGGGAGACACAAGAUGUAUAUAAGCUGGUUAUUUUUGCCUCUGAUUUGAAUGGAAGAGCAGGAGGAAACAUGGGAACUGGUGAAAUUACAAUUAAAGUUACAGACAUAAAUGACAAUGUUCCAUACCUGGAAAAAAAUUCGUAUGAGGCAAGUGUGGAGGAGAACACUGUCGGUGUGGAGGUUUUGAGGUUAAAAGCCUACGAUCUGGAUGAAGUCAACACAGACAAUUGGGCUGCCGUCUACGAGAUUGCUUCAGGGAAUGAGGCUGGUUAUUUCACCAUCACAACUGAUGCCAAAACCAAUGAGGGAGUCAUCAUGAUUAACAAGGCUGUGGACUACGAGGAACUAAAGACACUGAAUUUAGAUGUGAGGGUUUCCAACAAAGCAAAGUACAACAUGGGCGGCAGUGGAAUGACAGGGGCAUCAAUGCCAUCAAAAUCGUAUCCCAUCAAAAUAAAUGUUGUCAAUCAGAAAGAGGGUCCCCGUUUCCAGCCUACUGUUAAAGUGGUGGCCGUUUCAGAGGAUAAGUCAUCAAUCUCUCUCAACAAAGUCAUAGCGACCUACACCGCUAUCGACAGUGACACUCAACAAACUGCCACCAACGUGAGGUAUUUAAAGCUAAAGGAUCAGGACAACUGGUUGUCUAUUGAUGAAAAGACAGCAGAAAUCAAACUGAAUAAAUUGCCUGACCGAGAGUCCAUAUACCUAAAAAAUGGAACAUAUUAUGCUGAAAUUCUAUGUAUUUCCAAUGAAAUUCCCUCCAAAACUGCAACUGGGACUAUAGCCAUUCAGGUGGAGGACUUCAAUGAUCACUGCCCACAACUCACCAGCACAGUUAAGACCAUGUGCUUGGAGGAUCGUGUGAUUUAUGCCACGGCUGUAGAUCAGGAUGAGUUCCCCAAUUCAGCACCUUUUGACUUCAAUGUAAUUCAAGACGACAGUAAACAGAACUGGGCAGUGGAGGUUCUCAAUGAAACCACCGUGAUUCUGCGAGACAAAGGCAAAUUGUGGCCAGGCAACUACAAAGUCAAACUGGAGAUUAAGGACCAGCAGGGAAAGUCUUGCGACGAUCUCCAGAUAGUAGAUUUAGUGGUGUGUUCAUGCGAUAAGGACACCAAAUCCUGUGUGGCGCGCAGGAAAGGUUCUGCCGUUUUUGGAGCUGCUGGCAUCUUGCUCCUGCUGCUUGGACUGCUGCUUCUCCUGUUGAUUCCCCUUCUUCUGCUGUUGUGUCUGUGUGGAAAUGUAGCAAGCGAUUUCAAGGCUAUCCCCUAUGAAGCAAGAGAACAUCUCAUCUCAUACCAGACAGAAGGACAGGGAGAAGACAGGGCUGUACCUAUGUUACCCAUCCCGGUGAUUGUUGAAAAUGGCAAUAUGAGCACAAAGGACAUUCUCGUGUCAGGGAGAAAUGGAUAUCUAUCAAAUGUGGUUGAAACAGAUAGAGGUGUAGGAGGAGCUAUGGGUGGAGGAGCGACCAUGACGGCGGAGGAGAUGCACAUGUACAACCAAUACAGAUACGGGCAGGAGAAGGUGGGAAUGAUGGGUUCAGUGCUGAUGGGAGCAGGAAAAGGAAUGGAGAUCUCUAAAUACAAAUUUGAUGGCUUAAACGAGAUGGCUUUGCCGGAUCAUUAUCUGGGGGAGUACCUUUCAAAUAAAUUGGGCAGUAUGGAACAGUAUAAGGAGAAGGAAAAUUCUCUGGCUUACAACUACGAGGGUCAAGAAUCGCCGGCAGGUUCCGUAGGCUGCUGCAGCCUCCUUGAAAAUAAUUACGACCUUGCAUUCCUUGAUGACCUGGGGCCAAAAUUCAAAACCUUGGCUGAAAUCUGUAAUGGAGGAACCUUCACCAGCAACUCGGUGACUGUUGAAGUUUCAAAGCCUCCAGUUAAAACCAUACCUCCAGUUAUGCCCUCCGCCUCAACCCACACUCACGUUCACACUCACACUGAAACCGUCAGAGAAAGGGACCGCGUUAACACGCUCGGUGCCUCCAAAGUAGCAUCUGAGUCGUCUACAAUCGUCCAAGAGCAGAGAGUCACUGACAGGUCCCAAGGUUUCACAACUCUUCCAAAAGUACAAGUUCAAGAAAACGUGAUCAUCCCUAACCAAACGCUGCUCAUACAGCAGCCCACCAUGUAUUAUGCUGCUACGCCUAUGUAUGUAGUUGAGUCUAAUCCCCAGAUGGUGCUUGUGUCAGGAGCUCAGCAGGCAGUUGGUCAGGUGAGCCAAGCUGGGCUCAGUCAGGGGAUAGUGCAGGUUGGUGGCCUCCAAGGCUCUCAGGGUGUGGUCCUUGUUGAAGGACAGGUUGGAAUGGGUGGAGCAACUAGUCAGAUAGCUAUGAGUGGAACAACAGCAAGGCAGGUAGUUCUGGGUGGAGCAACAAGUCAGGUACCUAUGAGUGGAACAACAAGGCAGGUAGUUCUGGGUGGAGCAACAAGUCAGGUACCUAUGGGGGGAACAGCAACAAGACAGGUAGCUGUGGGUGGAGUGAAAGGACAAAAAGUACAGGGCGUCUCGCAGGGAGUUGUCUCCGAGUCUAGUCAAGUGCUGUUGGUGGAGAAUGGAUCUGCUGGAGGAAGUCAGAGCACUAAUUUAGUGCAGGGCUUUGGUCAAACAGGUCUGGGCUCUCUAGAGGCUGGUUUUGACAAGAGGGGUAAAGGUGUGCAGUUGCAAUCUUUUUCCACGAGUUCACGUGGUUCAGCAGGCUCAAAGGAGGACUUUCCACUCAUGACCACACCCAAAGCUCAGGGAAGCCCGAGGGUGGUUGUGCAGCAUAAAAAAGUCACCGUCACUGAGACUAACACGCGUGCCUGAUUGACACAUCAUGAUGUAUAUAUUUGUUGAGUGAAAUGCACUGUUGUACAAAUGUUCUUGCAAAUAGAUUUGGGGUUUAAAAGAAAAUAUGAAGAUCUGAACUGCUUGACCUGAAGCUUUACUCUGUCUACUGUUAUGUUGAGAUACGUGUACAUGAUAUCUGUUCUACAUUAAUGAUAAUGAUGGCUAAAUUUAUUGAGGAAAAAAAUGUUUUUUAGGGAAAAUGAGUGAACUAUUAUUUACACACGAUGCUUUUAUUUCUAGAACUAAAAAUGUACAAAACAUCUCAACUAAAAAUUGCUUCCCAACUUAUAGUUUCUAUUUAGACAUUCUAUAAGUUCUGAUUCUGUUUUAACCAAAGAUUAGUAACUUCCUGUUUUUUGUAACGUCAAACCUGCUGAGCAGCUGUAAUCAGUGGGUUUACAUGCACAUCAGAAAACUGAACUAUUGCCCCAAAUAGAUUGAUGCUAUUUUAAACCCAUGUAAACGCGUUAGUCUUGCUGAAGGUAAACUGGUUGUAAUUGUGCUGAAGCACCCAGUUAAUGCAGUAGAAAACCUUCAUAUGCAUGUAAGCGGCUGAGUCGUGCUGAUACCGGUAACUUCUGGAAAUGACACGACUGUGCAAGCAGACUUCUAAUAUCAUUACCACAAUGUAACAAGUGUUGCACCAUCAAACAGAGUACGUACCAAAUAAGCUUUGCUGCAGCAUCGUUGUCCAUUCCUUCGGUUGUUGUGCAUGUUAAUAACUCCAUCUGCUUCACUCCCAUCCGCAAUUGUUUACUAUUUGUGUUGCUUUAAGCUAUCUGGAAGAAUGUCAAAUUGAAAGUGCACAUAUCGCCACCUACUGAACCGGAGUGGAACAAACGGUUUGAAUUCAGUUAGAUGAAGCCUCCUGGUUUAUUACUUUAGAUCCACCUAGGUCGACUUAGAUGCACAUGUAAAUGAACACUGAUUCAUUUUUUUUCUACCUGAAGGUCAUUCUAACCUCUAAACAAAUAUAUUUAUUUUACUUUGCCAUUAAAGUAUCUCAAACAGCCUACUUAAUUGUAAUUUCUACCUAUUUUUUUCUUGCCUGUAUUUAAAAGUAAAGUGCCAAAUCCCUAGAAGGUGUUUGUAAUAGUAGAUUUUGUGCUAGUAUUGCUAUUUGGCAUGUGUUCAGUUUAAGUAUAUAUUUCUUUAGUUUUUUAUAUAAAAUCAGCACAUUUAAGGUAAUUUGGGUUGUCAGAAUAAUCGAGGCUAUCAUUGCUAAACACUGAAAAUAUUUGUUGGGGUCUUUUAGUUUCAAACUACUGCGUUUGCCACUGAUAAAGUCGUGUUUUAUUUGUCAUGUUGGAAUAUAGCAGCAGUACUAAAGCAGCUUGAUACUGAAUGUUUUUCUAUUUUUACGAUUUGCACCUGCUUUUAAGACAAGAAAAAUAAAAUAGAAAUUGCUUAUUGGUUUUACAUGUUUUGCAUACGGCAGAGUUUAUCUUGCACGAUUAUAUAAAAAUUUGUUUCAUGUUCUCUUAACAACACAAUGGAUGUUUCUUUGUAGACAUGAUUGUGAGUUCAUGUGGGAAUUACACAGUAUUGAAGGAUUUGGAUGGCAGAGAAAUUGUGUUUGUGUUCUGUUUGUUUUUAAUAAAAACAUUUCUUGCA